GCAGAUUUCAUAAAAAUAAUGUGAAGGAGUGGUAGUAUAACAACGAAGAUUUUUGGAGCAUUUGCUAGAAGCCAAAAUUUAUUCACAACUGAAAUUUUAAUCUGCUUUAGCACCUUCAAAAUGAAAUUAUGGUUCUUUGUUUGUGUUUUCAUCACGGGAUUCGCUUAUUUUGAAACUAACGACAGCUCUCCAAAUGAGAAAUGCAAGAUAAAUGUUUACGCCAAGAAGUUUCGUGAAUCAUCUGAAAAUGAACUUAACUCUGGUCCUGUUUCCAAUUCUAACUCUGAUUUCGGCUCUGGAUCAGAUGAAGAUAAAUCAGACUGCAGUAUUCAUGACAGGAUGGAAGUAGAAGGAUCAAAUUACCCCGCAAAUAAUCCUAACGGCUUCAUCGACUGUCCACCAAGUCAACCUAUCAAAUGCAAUCCCAAUUACCCCUACAGGACAUUGAAUGGGAUUUGUAAUAAUUUACGAUAUCCGUUGUGGGGCGCAGCAAACACGUGUUUCAGAAGAUACCUACCUGCAUUUUACUCAGGGUUCGGCAAUCCCCGAAGAUCUGUCAAUGGUGCCCCCUUACCACAACCCAGAGAGCUGACUCUGACCAUUUUCCAGGAUCGCCAUCGUCCAACCGAAGAUGUGUCGUUCAUGUUUACGAUAUACGGACAAACUGUGGCUCACGACAUUUCCUUGUCUGAAUUCGAAGAUCCUGCUGUUCCGGGCCGCUGCUGUACACAGGAGAAUGCGAACGACCCAGCUUGCAUGAAUAUUGCAGUGUCUCCAAACGAUCCUUUUUAUUCCCAAUUUGGAGUCACGUGUCUUGAUUUCUUCCGAACAGUCACUUGCAGGGCAUGUAACACCAAUAAAAGACAGCAAGACACCGGACAAACUGCUCCUAUGGAUGCAUCUAUUGUUUACGGUGCCAGUGAUAACGCAUCCCUUGCAUUAAGAACCAAUGAUGGCACAGGUAGACUGAUAUCGAAUUAUACCAAAAAAGGAGAGUUUCUUCCCAGCGGUAACAAUCCACAAGACAUCUUCUGUCCCAUGUUGAAAAAAUACGAAUGUUUCGAAGCAGGGGAUCCCCGCGUGAAUCAACACGCUGCUUUGACAAGCAUGCAGACUAUUUUCAUGAGGGAACAUAACAGAAUUGCUGAAGAGUUGAAAGAAAUUAACCCUAAUUGGGAUGAUGAAAGAUUGUUUCAAGAAUCAAGGAGGAUUAAUAUCGCUCAACUGCAAUACAUAAAUUUCCAAGAAUAUUUACCGCAUCUUCUUGGCGAUUAUUACAUGACGGAGUUCGAUUUGUAUGUGCAGGGAGGCUCUGGUGGUACAACAUAUAACCCAUAUAUACAAUUAGGAGCUUGGAAUGAAUUUUCAACAUCAGCUUUUAGAAUCCACAGCAUGAUUGCAACGAAUGUAGGCGCGCUAAAUCUUAAAUUCAGAGAUCUUUUCUCCAAUCCUGGGCUCCUAUGGCAAGGAUAUACUGGAGAUAUCAUGAAUGGUGUAUGCAGCGUACCAUCCGAGAAAUUUGACAGGUGGUAUGUCUACGACGUCACUGAUUACCUGUUUCUACAACCCGGAGCUCAGUAUGGAAGCGAUUUGCCUGCUUUAGAUGUACAAAGAGGAAGAGAUCAUGGAAUUGCCCCGUAUGUGUAUUAUGUGUAUUACUGCUCUGAUGGAGAAGUAGAUAUCCGGUCUUUCGAUGACCUCGUAGAUAAUUAUAUUAUUUCGGAGCAAAAUGUUGAGUUGCUGAAAAACAAUUAUGCGUCAGUGCAAGAUGUUGACUUAUAUGUUGGAUUGCAACUGGAAUAUCAUUCUAAAGGAGCCAAAGUGGGUCCAACUGCUGCCUGCAUUAUAGCGAGACAAUUUUAUCACUUGAAAUUCGGCGACAGAUUUUACUUCGAGCAUGUUGGACAAGCAGGAUCAUUCACACCAGCACAACUACUAUCUAUUAAGAAAACCUCCCUGUCCCGCAUUCUAUGUGAUAAUACUUAUAUUUCUAAAGUACAAUUAAAUUCGCUGCUGCUGCCUUCCAGGAGGAAUCCUCAAGUAAUGUGUUCUGACUUACCAUCGGUGGAUCUGUCAUUAUGGAAAGAAUCAUGAAAUGUGUAGAUGUAUUUCAUAAAAAUGAGUUUGUAAUUCAUACAAUUUGAAUAAACUAUUAAUUUUUAUGGCUUUUA